ACAGCACAUCACGGCUUGCGCGGCGUUUGAAGCCCAUCCAGCCGAUUGGCCAAGAGCCUGCCAUGUGGCGAACAGCGGCAGGAGACCCCGUGGCUUUUACCUGCUCGCAGCGCUUGGACCAAGUUGGCCCUGGAGUGCGCCGAGGUGCAGCGUUGCACCUGAACUCGGCCCCGAGCGGCUACUUAAGCAUGUGCAUGGGUCCGAAGGAGACAGUGACAAAAGCGGUGCAGCAGCCUAAUCUGGGUUUGUGCGGGAUCCAAUCCCAUUGCGGGCGGGACCAGGACCAUGAGUUCAAGGUGCUUCGAUUGCCAAGGUGCGGGCAUUGCAGUGCCCCUGAGUACGAGCCCAACACCGAGACCGAGCUGAGCUUUCCCAGCUCCGACAAGGCUGUUGGCAUCGUCUCUGUGGCACAAAGGAAUGAGCAGACGGCCAAGAUGGUCAUCAAUGAAGUGUACCGAGAGCUGGAAAAACGGUGCCAUGAGGAGCAGCGGCAGUAUGAGGAGUCUGGAUCUCAGCCGUCGCAGCAAAAGUUCAACGUGUGGAACACCUACACCAACAAGGCUCGGCUACAGCAAUUCGCAGCUGAAUCGAUGCACUUUGUGCAGAGACACGCUGAGUGCAGGAGCCGUCAGCUCACUGCGAAACAUCUGCGCUUCCUGAUCCUCCUGCAGCACCUCGUCUCCGAGGACUGCUGCGACGUGACCCGCCCCGAGCGGCUCCGAAAGCAUCAGGACUUGUACGACGGUGUGUUGACAGACAGCGUCAGCUCCCAGCUCAUAGAGGACGCUCACAGAUGUGAGUUCUCCAUCGAGGGCCAUACCUUUAGCCUCCAGGACUUGCCACAGUUGGAGGGAAAGCAAGAAGAGAGGAAGCUUCGCAUUGCUCAUUUUCAGACCGAGCUGGUGCGGGCGAUAGAGACCUACAUCCUGAAUUUCUGUGCCCAGAGAGGGCUAUCCUCGGGAGGCAGCAAACGUCUCAUGCAGGCGGUCACCACGCAGAUGUCACAGGCCGGCUUGGCCAAUAUUGAUCGGGGCUCACAGGCCUCCAGGUACUUUGUGGGCUCGCAAGGUCUAGAGCAGCGGAUUGCCUACAACUUAUCCACGAUGCGCACGGCCCACGGGGAGACCCUGAAGCUGUCCACCCUUUGCAUGCGGACAGGUUUCACUCAGUACUUGGAUAAGGACGAGCUGCAGAAGACUGCAGGUGUUCAAUAUCCCAGGCGAUGCAAGCCAGACUCGUAUUUGUACCAGUACGCGACCCUAAGCUUUACGCUUGGUCCACUGGUGGACAACCUGGAGAGCGUUGAGUGCACGGUCCUGGAUGCCCUGGACGAGGCGCACAUUAGCGCAGCUCUUGCAGAGGAUGAGGAGGAGGUGAUCCUAGAUGAAGCGAGGCAACAGGUCACAUGACAACAUGGCGACCUUGCCACGCCGCAGCGCUGUAAAGGGAGCGAAAACAGCUCUCACAGCAUUUGUGGAGA